AACUGUUAGUGCCGUUCGUUAGUGGCAAGAACCCAGCAAGGCCUUAUCUACCUAGGCUCAAAAUACGUAAAAAGAAGCGUUGCGCGUUCCCAACUUUUUGCGCUCGGCUUGGGAAGGCCAGCUGCAACGUCUCCAACCCGUUCAAAAGCCAACGUCUCCCUCGUCAUAGAGCAUCUCUGAGCAUCCGAUUGUCUCUUUCUCAUCAUUCCUUCCAUUCUUGCUUUAUCACUCUACCGAUAAAGCCACCGUCCGAAUUCACGAGAAUCAGCUACAAUGUCGGAGAGUCACUGGGUAGAUUGGAACAAAAACACGCAGUCCAAGGACUAUCGUGGUUCUGGUUCCUUCUCAACCUUCAUUAUCAUCGGUCCCGUCUGUUUCUUCCUUGGCAUACUCUUCGCGCAGUUUCCCUAUGACUUCCCGUUGCUCUGGACCUCGGAGCCCGUUCAGGCAACGUACUACGACUUCCUCGAGACGCACGUCAAAUUCCUGCACGCCUCACCUCUGAUCAUCUCGCGCAUCCUCAACAUUGUCAUCUUCGUUGGCCUCCUCGGAUUCUUCAUGAAGCUCUUCCGACCGGCCGAAUCCAACGUGCUGUUCGACGGCGCGUCGCUCAUUCUGUACGUCAUUGGAGUGGGCGUCUACACCAGCAACAUCGUCAAGGGAAUGCGCACCAUCACUGCUGGCAUCUGGGACAUGGAAGACUUUGCUGGCAUCAAGCACGACGGCCCCGUCUCGGGCGAGGUCAUUCUCGGCAGGGAGGAUACUAUGAAGGUGCUCAGCGCCAGCAACACCAUUUUGGCCAUGGUGCUGGUGGGAGUCCUGGUCUUGCAGGCUGGCCAAUGGUACGCCGAGUCCAAGGAGAAGGACGACUAUGCCAAGGGCGAUAAGAAGGAGAAAAAGAAUGAUGGCCAGCAGCAGCAGCAGCAGCAGCAGCAGCCCCAGCCAGUGGAAGAAAAGAAGUCGCAGUAGAAGCGUUCCUUCAUCAAGUUUGUGGGGUUUGUUUUGGGCGCCAAGUGGUGAAAGGGUGUUCAUCGGUGCCGUCGGGAAAGCUCCGAAGGCUCAAAUCAGUGUACGGGGGGUGGAAGGCAUUCAAGACGCCGAGGUGAAGAGCGAUCAAGAUACUGGGGUCCAAAGCAAUUAAUAACUCGAAAUUGCCACAUAUACUCGACACCGAACAAGAGGUCUGGUGCAUUGUGCCUGUGGUUCAUCAAGAUGUAAUCCACAUGGAUGAAAUUGGAAUACGACGAAUUCAAAAAAAGAGCCCAAGUCUGUUCGAGCACAGCUUUCGACGUGUUUCUGCAGUCACUCUAUAGCCCCGUCUCGCCAGUAGAACUGGAAUCGGUUGUUUAGACAUACUUGGGCCUUCAACUACUGUGUCAAUGGAAGUCUCUGUACGAGAGAAUACUGAAGUGGGCGAGAAUGUUUCAGUACGUCAACCGUAAGCCUUACAGGACGGCCAGAACAAGAGCAAGGCCUGCAAGAUGGGACCGAUACAAGAAAAUCCAAUCGUAAAAAGAGGAUCAGCGGUCAUUAAGUGUAGCAAAGUGUUUGAGAGGAGGAGAGGCCCCUAGAUCUGGUGUUUUGACGAAGCAUGACCUCUGAGUAGUUGGAAUUAUAUAAGGGUGCCUUCUUGAGAUAAAUAUGAAGCGUUCGAUCCUCUAUGCUAGCAAGGUAGUAAACACUCUCAGCAUAGAGAAAAAAAACCUGUUCAUCAUUUUUCCUUUUUGCUAUGCCA